GUGACCCAGCUCGGCCCCGGUUCCGAGGACCAGAUUGCCUGCCCACGUGCAGCACAGUUAAGGUGACUGGGCAGCAGCCCUGAGGACGAGAGGGCUGCUGGGCAUGUGCAGAGUGCUGCCACUCGCGCACUCCUGGGAAGCCUCCGCCCAGCUCGCCUUCGACUGGACUUAACCGCCCAGGGGUCCUUUACCUUUACCUUUUUAUGUGUGGGGACUUGGAGGGUGAGAUUGCCAAGGCCCCAGCCUUGCUCGGGUGGGGAAUUAAAUUUGCGGAAAUGGAAAGGGAUGGACCUAAAUAGACAUGCCCGAAACGGAGGAGGGAGGUCAAAAUGCCAGGGGGCAGCCAGCAGAAACAGGUCCCAAGCACAAGGGUAUUUUCCAAUUGUCCCCCGUUUGCUGGUAAUUCAGAGGUAGACUGUCCCUGGGCCUGGAGGUUCUGCCACCACAGUAGAACUUGCAUAUGGAGAGCCUUGAAGCUGGAUCAGGCCAAAGGGGGACUGAUAUAGCCCAGCCUCCUGUUCUCACAGCACCCAACCAGAUGCCCCAUGAGGAACCUGCAAGCAGCGCUCCAAGCACAAAUGCCACUCUCCCCGCCUGUGUUUUUCCAGCAACUGCUAUUGACAACUGCCUCCCCACAGCUGAAGUUUGCUGAGGUCGGGCCGCUUGCAAGGACACUCCUGGGCACCCCACACCUCUCCAGAGUUCCCCCGUUUGUUGUGGGGCGGCAGCAUGCUCCCUUGGGAGGUCAGAGGCCUGCAGCGUCUCGGGCAAAGGGUCCCUGCCUCGGUUUCCCUGCUCGUAAGAGCAUAAGAGCAGGCGGGUUGGGAAAGGGAGGCGAGGGCCAGACUGUUCUCGAAAGUGCGGAGGCUGCCUUGAGGCAGGGAAUAAAGGAAGGUGGAGGUGGAGCGAGAGAGAUCUUGUGAGGAGAUGGUGCUCAGUUGUGGCUUGGAAGGACUGCCAUGGAGGAGUCAGGGAUGGCUUUAAAAGAUGCUCUUGGGCUCGGAUCCUGGUUACAGGUUUCCCAUUUGGGCAUCUUGCCAGCAGCUACUGAGAGAACAGGAUGCUGGGCUCACUGGACCUGAUCCAGCAGAUGCUUGUCUUGUGAUUUGAAAACUUUGCACAAAGGAUUGCAAUCCUUUCAAAAAUGAAGCAGUUACAACAACAACAACAACAAAAGCUACUUUUCUCUAAUUCUCCGAUUCUCCUCUUCCUUAUAAUGUGGCUGGCCAAACUUAGGCCUACCUGUAUGUACCUCCAGAUGCCCUCAGACCUGAGGCCUGGGCUCCCCUUUUCAAUUUCAACAGAGGAUAUAGUUGUAUGCGCAAAAGAACGCAGGGAUUGAGUUUAUCCUGUGAGCUGUGAGCAGUGCAGGCACGGUUUUAAAGAAAAGGGCUUUCAAAAUACGUUCUUGUUUUUAUUAUGUACUUUUGGGGAGUUGGGAGGGGCCCAAGGCUCACCUAGUCCAAUGUUUAUAUUUUGUAUUUUUAUGACAUGAACUGCCCUCAGAUCUUCUGAUGAAGUGGACAAAUCAAACAAAUAAAUAAGUUUGUUUCCACAAAUUGCAGGCAGUAGCAGGCCUGAUGUACGAUUCCUUCCCUACUCAUCCUGCUUCUGUUUCUUCUCAUCGCAGGGAUGAAGCUCUGCACAUGUUCAGUGAAGCCACAGCAGGCAACAUGGUGAUGGGGGCAACAGGGCCCCAGUGAUAUGGCCCAGAGAGUGCUGGGCGGGCAACCCCACGUCGUGUGGGGUUUAGUGGUGCGUUGACGCCGUGCGCAAGGCAAGUUGGCUCUUUGAGGCUGCGAGUUCCAUGCCUCCCCUUCCCCUUCGGUGGCGUUGAUGCAAAGCCCCCAUUAGAAGUUGGAGCAGACCAAGAGGGGAGGAGAGGAGAUGGAAGGCGAGAAUCUGGAGCCCCCCAGCCCAGCUGCCGGCUGGGCUGCUCCCUCAGGAUGCAAAGUGGUGGUUAAGGUGGAGCCAGAGGAGGAGGUGUGCAUCGGGCGCCCCCAGGAUCCGGAGGGAGCCGAGAGGGAGCCGCCUCCUGACUCCCCGGCAGGGGUCAAGCCAGAGGUGGUCAUUAAGAUGGAGCCAGAGGACGACUCGUAUGCAGAAGACCCUUGGGACUACAGCGGCGGGGAAUCGGGCGAGGACACGGACUCUUCCGACAUCCGGCCUGACGUAAUUGUGAAGAUGGAGCCGGAGGAGGAAGAGGAGGAGGAGGAAGACUUUGGAUGCCCCCCGGGAGAGAUGGGAACAGGAGCUUCCCAUGGCACCCUUCUCACGGAUGACGACAUCCAGCCGAGUCGGAGGAGAGCGGAAGCAGCCGCAGCCGCCUCCCAGAGCGUCCGCAGCGGCAAGGGUAGUGGCAGCCAGUGGGCAAAGCAGGCUGGCCCGGAGCAGAAGAAACCGCCUGUCCCCGGAGGCUCCGGCAGCCCUCAGGAGAAGCCCCGUCCUCGGACCCCGCCGGACCCUGCCGGCACCCCCGAGGGAGCGCGGCGCCCCAAGAGCCACGCGGCCUGCGACCGCCCCUUUGCCUGCAGCAUGUGCGGCAAGCGGUUCCAGCACCGGGGCAACCUGGUGACGCACCUGCGGGUGCACACGGGGGAGAAGCCCUUCCCGUGCUCCGAGUGCGGGAAGAGCUUCAGCCAGAAGGGGGACCUGAUGCGUCACUUGCGCAUCCACACGGGCGAGAAGCCCUUCGAGUGCACUGUGUGCGGCAAGAGCUUCUGCUCCAAGCAGACCUUCGUGCUGCACCAGCGCAUCCACACGGGCGAGAAGCCCUACUCGUGCGCCGACUGCGGCAAGGCCUUCAACCGCAAGGCCAACUUUGUCACGCACCAGAAGAUCCACCGCGGCGAGCGGCCCUUCGUCUGCGGCGAGUGCGGGAAGGGCUUCUGCGCCAAGAAGACCUUCAUCCUCCACCAGAAGAUCCACGUGGGGGAGCGCCCCUUCGGCUGCGCCGAGUGCGGCAAGAGCUUCAGCCGCAACGGGGACCUGACCCGCCACCAGCGCAUCCACACGGGCGAGCGGCCCUUUGCCUGCGCCGAGUGCGGCAAGUGCUUCAGCCACAACGGGGAGCUGAUCAAGCACCAGCGCAUCCACACCGGUGAGAAGCCCUUCGAGUGCACGGCCUGCGGCAAGAGCUUCAACCGCAAGAGCACCCUCAUCACCCACCAGCGCAUCCACACGGGCGAGCGGCCCUUUGUCUGCGGCGAGUGCGGCAAGACCUUCAACCUCAAGACCACCCUCAUGAAGCACCGGCGCAUCCACACCGGCGAGAGGCCCUUCACCUGCCUGGAGUGCGGCAAGAGCUUCAAGUACAAGGGGAACCUGAGGACGCACCACCUCACCCACACGGUCGAGCGCGUCUACCCCUGCACCGAGUGUGGCGCCGUCUUCGGGCAGCGCAAGGAGCUCAAGGCACACCAGGCGGCGCAUGCCGAGAGCCGGCUGCUGCCGUGCUACAGAGACGACGGGGGGAACCUGAACCCCUUCCUGCAAGUCCACCCCCUGCUGCUCUCCUGCUCGCCCCGGGAGACCCUGGCGAAAUUCAAACAGGAGGCAGGCUUCACAGACCCUUAGUGGGACCCGGGAGGAGAGAGAGAAGGGGCUGUUUUAAUUUAUCGGUCAAGCAGGCAGCCGGAAGACCUCCUGGCCCAGAGAUCUUGCGGGGGUUGGUGCCCAGAGACGGGCAGAUGGGCGCAGACGAACGGAGCAGAGGAAACUUUCCUCUUUUGUGGGCCUGCAAAUGUUGGCUGUGGGCCCCGUCUUCAGGACAAAGCUAUAACUGCAGGCCUUGCCCCAGCGGACUCACAGCUGCCUGCUAACGUCUUCCUCGCUGUAGCAAACAGGUGCGGUUGCAGCUUGGUUGGUUCCCAAACUCUCGGAGAGUUCGGGAGCAGCGAUGCACUUACCCCGUGGGGGACGCGGAGGGUGGGGUAGGGAGGCUUUUGCUUUGGUUGGUGGUUUCAUCGGGGGCAGGGGUAACAGGAGGGUGUGUGUGAAUCGGGACGAUAAAGUUACGGGCUCGUUUGAAGUCCAGGUUAGUUUUCAAUGAUAGGAGAUGCCAGCAAAGGCGGCAUGAUCAAAUUCGUUAAUGUUUUAGGCUUGAGGCGCUUCAAAGAAAUGUUUGUUUGUGUGCACAUCAGAAGAUUAAAGUGGUGGUUGAAGGACAAGCAGUAGAGUGACAGAAAAGGUAGCAAAAACUCCCCCCUUUCCCUGGUACAGUUUUUGAGAUAGCUGAAAGCAAAUAAACCAACGAUGACUAAAUCAGAA